AACCGAACAACAGCGAACCAUUCCGACCAAUGGUGAGGCAGAACCCGAUGAUUGACGUGACAGCCCGCCAACCGAAUCGCUCGGGGAGAAAUAUUCAGACCUUCCCCGUGCUAUAGUCGAGGGGCGAUUGUUUUGCACCUGGAGGAGAGCAUUAAAUAUUGUUCCUGUCCCAUGGUGGUCUGGGAGGUGGUUAAGCCAAACCAAGCAACCUGUGAGCCAGAAGACCAGGAUUCUUCAGGUAUCGACCGUGCAGAGGAAACAGUAGUCCAAAGACUCUUUCUCAUCGCCAGUUAACGGCGAUCUGGCCGUUUGCUGAUUGGCUGAGUUUAUUACUCAGGAGAAGAUGAUGGACACGGCCGGGAACCAAACAGACGGCCUGCUCCCCUUGGAGGGACGCUUCCUUCCCACCAGUGACAGCCACAUGGAGUAUGACGACCUCCCGGCCCUGCAGGAGGUGCAGGCGGCGGGCCCGACGGAGACGCCGGCCUAUCAGGUGGAGGGGGGCGUGUCCCACCUGGAGAGGGAGAACAGGACAUACUCCGGGCCCCCUGACACACACUGGCUGACCCAGCUGGCGCACAUCGCCACAGGGCCCCAGAGUCCACUGCUGCAGGGGCCCCCACGCCCGUCUCCCCUCCGCGUCUUCGGCACCAGCUGUGGCCUCCAUUCCUACGCCAGACCUCCUCCUACUUCUCCUACUCCUCCUCCCUCUCCUUCUCCUUGGGCCAGCAGCCACCCCGCACCCCCUACAGGCCGGGGAAGGGGCCGCAGGAGCACCAGGGUGAGAGACACACCACUACUGCUACUACUACCUAGUGCUACUGCUACUACUAGUACUACUGGCAUUACUACUACUCUAUUACUACUACUACCACUACUACUACUACUACUACUACGUACUAGUAUUACCACGUUUGACUACUACCACUACUACUUCUGUUUGAGACAAGAAGAUGUCUCUGUGGUUUACGAGGUCUUGUAUGUCCCCAUAGCGAAGCUGUGUUUUUUGGUUUACGAGGUCUUGUCCAAAAGCAAUGCCACCCGCUCCACGCCGUCCGACGAUGAGGACAUGGGCUGGAGCCACUCCUGGCCUCCGACCGCGUGGCACUGCUUUCUUAAAGGGACCCGGGUCCGGUUCCACAGCGGGGCCCGGGUGGGCUGGCAGGACGUGGAGGACCUGGUCUCUGCUGAGGACGACGCUGGACCCCCGGAGAAGGGGGGCGCGCUGAAGGUGUACGGGUUGGACGGUCUGCGUCUAACGCAGCACUCUGAGGUCAUCUCCUCCGACCAGUCCGUCCUGCAGCUGACCUUUGACCCCGGCGCAUUCGGACACACCCCCCUGACAGCCCACUGUCCAUUGGACCACCCGUUCUACGUCAAACACAAAGGGUGGUCCUCGUUCUACCCCAGCCUGACUGUGGUGCAUUAUGGGAUACCGUGCUACGAGGUGGAGCGGGGGGACGUCUGUCUGCCUCCGGGACACCGGGACGCCGUGCGGACGGACGCCUCGCUGGUCUUCAACACGUUCAGGAGUUAUGACUUCACCCCGCUGGACUCGUCGGCCGUCUACGUGCUGAGCAGCAUGGCCCGCCGCCGCCGCACCUCCCAGUCCAGCGGGGGCGCUGUGUCCCCCGACAGAGAGCUGCAGACAGCAGAUGCCCCGAGCCCCGGUCCCUCCCAUUCUCAACACCAACAGCCAAUCAAAAGUGUGCCAAGCAGUCAACCAGGAAGUGCGAACGCCACCAGGUGUAAGCGGCCAAUGAACGCCUUCAUGCUGUUCGCCAAGAAGUUCAGGGUGGAAUACACACAGAUGCACCCUGGGAAAGACAACAGAGCCAUCAGCGUGCUGCUGGGGGAGCGGUGGAAGCGGCUGCGGGGGGAGGAGAGGAGGGUCUUCACCCUGGAGGCCAAGACCCUCGCAGACCAGCAGAAGAUCCUCGACCCCGACUGCUGGAAGCGCAGGAGGACCAACUCUGGCUGUCAAGGAAACUGAGGCUCCUCCCACAGAGACAUCCACUGGGAGAGGACAGACUUCAGGAGACACACAUAUACACACGCACACACACCCUCACACUCACAAGCAUGUACACACACACACACACACACACACUCAUGUAUACACAUGCACACACAACAGCAUGGACACACAUGUACACACGCAUAUAUAAAUAUGCACACACACGCACACAAGUAUAUACACACACAAUCACACACAUAUACAGUCGGAUGCACACCCACACACACACACACGCACGCAUUUAUACAUAUGCACACACAAACAAUACACACACACACACACGCACACAUAUAUAUUUAGGAAUAUCUUUAAUUAUUAUUAUUAACUAUGCUUGAAUCUUUUAAAUGUAUUUUAAACUACCGCGUGCCUUCCUUCAACGUGUGCCUUCCUCCACCCCAAGCCUUCCUCCACCCAAAGCCCUGUCAGGGUCUCUGCCCUCCUAGAGUCUAGUGACGCGGGGGCUGAAAGAACCACACACUGCCACUGUCCCCCGUGACCGGGGACUGGUCAGGGCUUCCAGGAGCAGUUCCUUAAGCCGCCACAGGGGGGCGGUGUAGGGAUGGACCUCAGGGACCCGCACAUUCAGACCAACACAAUAACCCAGCCAUCACAACGACGAACCAGCCUUCCCCAGGUCUCUCUUCCCUGUCGCCCCUCGUUGAUCAUUAAAAGGCUGAGCGUCUGAGUUUCGAGCUUUUGUAGUGAGUGACGUUGAUUUACAAAUUGAGUUGUGAUACGGGUGAACACUUUCAAAGAAGUUCUUCGAUUAGUAUUGUAGAUUAUGAUUUUAGAUUAAAUAAUACCUAAGGCUUGAAUCAUACCAAAGUUGUGGUGCUAUAGUUUCCUUCUCUUUUUUUUCAGUUACGGCAUUGAGGGAUAUUAAAUGGAAAACAUCGUUUUUUGCGGAUCUAAAAGUUCUAAUAAUAUAUAUAUUUACUUAAACGAAAAUGUCCAAUGCGUGUAUCGGUAAUAUCUUCAAGGACUUGGCGGCCAUUUGCAAAGAAAUGUCUAAGAUGAGACAAACUUAAUUAUUGUAAGUGUAUAACUUUAUAAUCCGCUACCUGCCCAUAAAACAACGUAAUAUCAGCCAGGAGUAAGGAUAAUAAUUGCCAUGCCCUACACUCCUUUGUUUAAUGGCAAUUAUUUUUCAGCUACAUAAUUGGCUGGAAUCAUCAUUUUAUUAGAGUAUAUUGUUUAGUGUGAGAUAAAGAUAUAGAAACUGGACCUGGGAGACAAAUGAAAUCCUGCUGCCCCUAGAGGUGGAGUCGGGAAUGACGGCCAACAGACAAAGUCAGGACCGUUUUUCCUCCAGUGUUACCUUUUGCCACAGGUGGGCCUUCAAGCCCAAGUUGUUGUUUUCCAAAGCACUAUAUUCACUUUAUCUUGUGUGACUUCUAUAACUUGUGUACCUAAAUAAAUAAAUAGAAACAUUGUAAGAAAAAAUAUCUUAUUUAAAAAAGUAGCAAAAGUCUUUUUAGUUUUUUUCUUUUGUGUUCCUGCCUUGAAAUUUGUUUAAUCUGUUGUGGUUGUUAAUUAUGUUUUAGUUAGAAUCGUACUCUUAUGAACAGGUGAAACAGCACACACAAAGCAAUGCAAUGGACUAGUAUGAAUAAAAGCAUGAGACUUG